CAAAAUUGUGCUGUCAGAUCCGAAUCAAAACAACGCGCAUUCCGUAAUUUUCGCAAAAAUUGUGUUAUUUCUUGUGAAUUUUCGAGUUAAUUCGUACUAAAUUGUGAAAUUCGUUGACGAUCAGCUAAUCCAAUAGCUCCCGGUAAACAUCGACAGUGUGCUGUGUCGUCAUCAUGGGUGUGCGAAAGUGCAUCAUCAAGGACUGUCCGUCCAGUUCGGCUCGGCCGGAGGACCGGGGCGUCACCUACCACAAGAUCCCGGCUAAUGAGGAGAACAUGAAAAAGUGGAUGAUUGCCUGCCGGCUGCCGGAUAAUUACUACAUAAAUAAAGGAUCCAAUGUGUGCAGCCGCCACUUCCGGAAGGCGGAUUUUCAGGAUUUCAAAGGUACCAAAUAUGUUUUGAAAUUCGGGGCUGUUCCAACAAUUUUCUCCUGGACCGUUGCCAGCGGAUCCGGAAGAAAGAAGAAAGAGGUUAAGAAGAAGGCAGCAGCCAAAAAACCUACUCCAUCCGAAAUAAAGGUGGAAAAGAAAGUUGAAAGUGAACCUGAAAAGUCGGACGAUAAAGCUACGCCGUCAUCGUCAUCAUCAUCGUUGGAAACUGAAAAUAAACCUGAUAAGGUGGACGAUAAAGAAUCCAAGAAAAUUGACGAUGAUAAACCAGUUGAGAAUAAAGAAGAUAAGAAGCCUGAAAAUGACAAAUCAGUCGAACAUGGAGUUGCCGCCGACGAUGUUGAUCUAAAGGAGGAAGCAUUGGUGGUUCCUAUGCCAACUCCGAAACAAAAGUCACCAAAGCGAGCAACACCUAAAAGGCCAGCAAAUUCAAGAGCCUCCGCUUCCGGAUCGGCCAAGAAGACUAGACGCAGUCUGGAACCGGCUGCUGGAAAGGAUAAAAAAGUUGCCUCCCCGAAGAAGUCAGUCUCCACCGUCGUAGCUCCGACGGUCAGCCAGUCUCCCAUCAAUUUUGUUCCUGGAACGAAAAUCGAAGCGCAAGACUUCUCCGGUAAAUGGCAUCCAGCUAAAAUCGGUGAAGUCGACACCGAAGAACGGGAGGUUUUGAUACAGUUUGAAAAGAAUGGUAAAAACAAAUCUUCGCUCAACGACGAAUGGAUCCCGAUGGAUAGUGUACGCCUCAGGAAUCCGGCUCAGGCCAAAAUUCCCAACGAUAAACUUUCUUUCGUCAUCGGGGAAAAAUGUUUCGCACGGUGGAGCGAUUCAAGAAAGUUCCCGGCCACUAUACAAGCCGUUUUGGAGAACGAAAUGUACGAGGUUCUCUUUGACGAUGGCUUUGUCAAAGUUUGCAAAGCGAGUCACAUCAGCAAACUGAAGAAAACGGAGCAACAAGCUCCUCCACCAGAGUUGGAUGCCUCGUUGGAUAUUUCUAUAAAACAGGAAGAAGGCUUGGAUACGACUCCAGUUCCUGUUGCUUCGGUUGCAAAACCGAUUACUCCUGCACCCAUUCCGGAGCUGCAUAUUCCGCAACUGGCCAAGGUCAGUGAUUUCCCGCCAGUUCCAAAAUCGGGUGAAUGGUGCUGCCAUUGGAUGAACGAUUUCCCUAUUGGGGAUGAAACAAGUAUCGAAGUUGCUGGUGUGAAAAUCAACAGCAUAGUCGUAGACGAUUGGCGGCUCCCCGAAGGUUGGGUCAAACACAUCUAUCAGCGUAUCACAACCUUUGGAAAGCUGGACAUUAUUCUCGUUAGCCCCGAUGGAAAACCUUUCCGCAACAGACAGGAGGUUAAAACUUAUCUCGCCGAAAAGGGCAUUCCCUACGAUGCCAACGUUUACGACUUUGCGCUGCACAAAAAACGUUCCAAAGAAUUGGGCUUCUGUCACUACACGGCGGAAUACAAAGAAGCCAUUUUGCCACCGGCUCCACCUCCGCCUCCAGAGCUCCUCAACAUGGAAGUCAACAUUGGCUCGGUAAAAGUUAAAAUCAUCGACAACCUGUACCAGUGUCCGGAACCGGACUGCCUCAAGACGUUCCGCAAAGAAAAUCAUUUGCAGAUUCACAUCAAACAUUACCAUAAGGAGCUGGCUAAAGGUUUGGGGAAGAUUCCGGAUAUGCAGGAUCUAGCUGCUCUGAGAACACCAGUGGAACUGCUCGAUAUGCCCCCGAAGGUGGCACGCCAAUCGUCGUCCCGGUCGUCGCUGAAAGAGGACCCUACCGUCAAGAAGGAAGACGGCUUGAAGAAGGAAGCCGAUGAUGUGGAAAUUAAAAGAGAACCCGUUGAUUCACAGCUGGACAGUUCCUUCCCUAAGGACAAAAUCGAAAUCCUAGGUACCGGUGAAGACACCUACAUUAUUUCGGAAAUCAAAAGUCCCAAACAGGAAUCGCAGCCAUCAACGUCCCUGCUAGAGGAAGCCCUCGAGUCCGGCAAAGCUUCCGAUGUGGUUCCCCAUGUGGUCGGAAAGGGCCCGGUCAAAAAUGUCACCAAAAUUAAACUGUUCGGUAAAAAGAAAACUAGGAACACCAAGAAAACCAAGGCAGGAUUCAUCUCCAAACCCUUGGCAGCUGGAGCUGCUGCUCACAAGAAAAAAAAGAGAAAGUUCAAAUUCAGCCGGGACUCGAUGGAUUACAUGGACGCCGAUGAAACGAUGCAUUCAUUUGGCACCGGAGGCAAUGAUAGUUUCUUCAGGCACGGCUAUGGGCUGGAUCCGGAUGCCAGCCAGGCUACCACGAAUGCCAGCAUCUGUGGCCAGUACGGAGAUGAUUCAAUCAACAGUCCGAGAUUUAUAAGUGAAAAUGGUGAAGUUAUCAAGAUCGUAUCGAUGAAGAAGGAGGAAAUCAUCAAUUGUCUGUGUGGAUAUGGAGAAGAAGAUGGAUUGAUGGUCCAGUGUGAGCUGUGUCUGUGCUGGCAGCACGGUAUUUGUAAUGGUUUCGAGCGCGAUACGCAAGUCCCGGAUAAAUACGUGUGUUACAUCUGUAGGAAUCCUCAAGGAGUACGAGAAUCUCGACGCUACAUUCACGAUCAAGAUUGGCUGUACGAGGGAAAACUUCCGGUUGCUAACUAUCAUGCACCGAGCUCGAAACACGUCACACGUUUCGACAUAUUGAAGCAAAGUCACAUGCUUGGAGGAAAUUUGCUGGAAUUGAAACGUUUCAUGCACAGUUUGAAGGUUAAAAUUAACAUUGCUGACAAGAAGGACCAUCCCAAACUUUACUUGUGGUCUAAAAAAUGGGAAAGUAGUCCUCCACGCGGAGGCAACGGAGAUCUCUCCGGAAUUGUACCUUUGAACACAUCAGUUACGGGAUCUACACCGACAGGUGGGCAGAAACCCAUCCCCCAGAUUCCGAUCCCGGAAGCUCCAAUCGAUCCGGAUGAAUGUCAAACCAUCCUGCUAGAGCAUAUUCAGAAGCAGCAAAACGCAGCAAUGGCUCGGCUACAGGCCAUGGAGGCCCAGAUCAUUGCGCUGGAGGCCUACGACGACAAAUCGGAUCUGCUCGAGUCCCCGACUGCCAAAAACUACCCGAAGACGAAGCAAACCAUCCACAUGCUGCUGAACGAUCUGGUCAAGCUGAAGAAGAUAGCGGCCAUCCAUCGGAGCGCUCAGCAACCACCACCGUACUAGGAACGUUUUGAGGUUUUCGGAAAACUAUAGAUACAACAUGCGUAAAUGGUCUCCUUCUCAGUCAUAGUUUUCUGGUAACUUAUAUCCCUUAGAUUAGCUCAGUGAAAGCUGAUUGGAUGUAUUCAUAGUCGUUAAACAAAACCACGAAUAAAUGGCAGAUCUAAAA